AAUCAUUCAACAAGUUGGUGCGCGUUGUUUGGUGUUGUCAGUACACGUUUACUAACGCCGCUGCCGGCUAGCUCCAAAAUGUCUAGGGUUUUCUUGGUGUUUAUUGCGGUAGCUUUUCACGCGCUAUCUCUGGGCACUAUAGGUGCCAUAUCAUCAAUGUCUAUAGACUUAGGGACUGAGUUUAUGAAAGUUGCGGUGGUUUUGCCUGGAAAACCUAUGGAGAUCGCCGUUACUCCUGAUUCCAGAAGAAAAACUUCAACUGCGAUCGGCUUCAAAGACAAUGAAAGGUUAUUUGGCAGUAACGCAGUCAAUUUAGCUUCGAAAAAUCCUGAAUACGUAUUCCAGUCCAUUCCGUCUCUUCUUGGGAAGUCUAUAGAUCAUCCAAUGGUGAAACUUUUUCAGGAACGUUAUCCUUACCACAAUUUGUCUUAUGAUGCCACAUCUGGACAACUGUUUUUCACUCGAAAAGAUGGUGUGGUGUUUUCGGUUGAUGAACUGGUCGCUAUGCUUUUGGAAUAUGCCCAUAAUUACGCUGAACUCUAUACUGGUUCUAUUAUCAAGACUUGUGUAUUGACUGUACCUAGCCAUUUUGGUCAGGCUGAAAGGCGUCGCUUGAUACGAGUGUCUGAAAUAGCAGGCUUAAAUGUUCUUCAAAUAAUUAACGAUAAUUCUGCAGUGGCUCUGAAUUUCGGUUUGCUCCGUUUUAGAAGUUUCAACGAAACACCUCAAUAUUACGUGUUUUUUGAUAUUGGUUCAAUGAGCACAACCGCAACCUUAGCAGCAUAUUCAUAUGGGAAACACAGAGAUGGAGAUGUUGUGGGAGAUUUCCCGAUGUUGAGAAUUGUAAAUGUCAGUCAUGAUCCAACAUUCGGUACACAGGCUUUCAUUUAUCGAAUAAGAGAUCAGUUAUUGGAAAAAUUCUGUGAAAUGAAGAAAUUAGAUAAAGAUCUAGUAAAAAAAAGUCAUCGAGCCAUGUCUAAACUGGCUUUAGAGGCCUCAAAUGUGCUUACCAAACUUAGUGCAAAUUCCGAAAUAUUCGCCCAGGUUGAAAAUUUGUUUAAUGAAGAAGAUCUUAAUGUUAAAAUUACUCGUGCUGAGAUGGAAACAUUUUGCUCUGAUCUGUUCGAGAGAGUUAAACGACCAUUUUUCGAUAUCAUGGUCGAUUUUCCAAUGAACUCAUUAAAAGAGGUUAUUUUAAUGGGUGGAGGUACACGAAUCCCGAAAAUUCAAUCUGUUCUAAUCGAGCAUAGUCAAAAGUCAGAAUUACACAGAGGUGUUAAUAGUGAUGAUGCUGCCGCAUUAGGUGCCGUGUAUCAAGCUGCAUUUCAUACUCCGGGGUUUCGUGUUACUCGUUUCAUUGUUAAAGAUUAUAAUCUUUAUCCUAUUGCUGUUGAUUUUAUGCGUGCUCCACCGUUACCAAGCCAUAAGUCAGACAAUGAUUUACAUAUCGAAGAUCAACAGGAUGGAUCUUAUGUUCGACAAGUUCUUUUUCCCCGUGGAGCUAUUUUCCCUCAAAAACGUGCUAUCAAAUUCAAUCGGCAUAUUACUGACUUGGACUUCUAUGUUAAUUAUGUCGAUCUUGAUGGAUAUGCUGCUCGUUUCCAAGGUCCAAACUACAAUCUUAGUCAUAUCACUACGAGAAAUGUAUCAAAAUCAGCUAAACACUAUUCGUUUGCUGAGCCUCGAGGUGUCAAAGCACAUUUCAUUAUGGAUCACAAUGGAAUUCUUGUUCUUAGUGGUGUAAGUUGUAUAUUUCAUCCUAUUGAAGAAAAUGGGAUAUCUGAUGAUUCAAAUAAGGCGAAAUCUACUUUUGAAAAAAUCGGUAGUACUUUAAGUGGACUAUUUGGUGGAGGUGAUAGUACAAAUGUUGAUAAAAAUGUACCUGAACAGGAUACUGCUGUUAACACAACAGGCGAUGGUGGCGUUAAUUUGACUCAUGUCAAUCCAGCGAAUAUUACUAAAAAUUCUUCUACAGGACCAUUUUUUGAACCUAUCGACUAUGAAGUUGUUUAUUUAGAUUUUCCUGACUUGACUGCUGAAGAAUCGAUUGUGUCACAAUCUAAAUUGGAGAAGUUACGCGAAGCAGAUAAAGAGAAAGUUGCUUUAGACCACUCUAUUAAUCUACUUGAAACCUUAUUGCUCAAUACAAAUGAUAUGAUUUCAACUGAUUAUAAGAAAUAUGGUACUGAAGAGGAACUUAAACAGUUGGAUAAUGUAUUACAAAUUGCAUCUAGUUGGUUUGAUGAACAAGGUCAUAAUGGUUUAAAGAGUGAUUAUGAUAUCAGAAUAAAAGAAAUCCAAUCGUUAAUUAUUCCCAUUGAAAAAAGAUCUACUGAGAUUAAACAUCGUGCGAAAGCAAUACUAUCGUUUAAUAAAACAAUCGAAUUAGCCCAAAAAACAUUAAAUGAAAUGGUUGAAUUAUCAAAACUGUUUUCGCAAACAUUUAGAACCACUUCACCUGAACAACAACAAAAUCAGAGUGCAUCAAAUAAUAGCUCUGAACAAACUUCAGAAGAAUCAUCACCAUGGAAAAAUAUCUUCACUGAAGUUGAAAUUGAUACACUAAGAAAUAAACUAGGUGAAUCAAAGGCUUGGUUAGCUGAAUCGACCGAAGUUUUAAACAAAUCUCCGACAUACGAAGAUCCUCCGAUUUUGGUUUCUACUAUUCGAAGUAAAGAAAGUGAAUUGUCCCGAGAAAUCAGCUAUCAUACCACUAAAAUGAAUUUAUGGAGAUCAGAAAUUGCUCGUAUGUUUGCUGAGCAAAGCAAAAUGAAUACUGCAGAUCCACUAAAAGAUAAAGGUCAAAUCCCAACUAGUGCCAGUGAUGAUGAUAAAACUAUUUCUGGAACUGUUAAAACAGACGAAGAGCCUACAACAAAAACAACAGAAGAUACUAAGCGAACACCAAGACCGGAGUUGUAAUAUCACGUAUAAUUCCAAACGAAUUGAGAUAAAACCAGCUGAAAAAGAGAUGUUUUAUUGUUGAUUGAUUAUUGCAGUCCCACUUCAUCUUAGUCUGUCUUCAUUAAACUUUAUCUUUUGCUUACUCUGUAUUCACACAUUGAUAUUUUUACUGUGAUGUCUUCUUCAUUGUUUGUGUAAAUUUCUUUCACUCAUUGUUUUCUAAUCCAAAAAACUGGGUAGUAGUAUUUUAUGCGUUACUUGCAUUGUUGGUAUAAAUAUAUGUAUUUUUUAUAAUAGAAGUUUAUUGAUUUCAUUCAUAUCAGUCCAGUAGAUUGGUGUCCAUUUUGUAUACUUCAUGCAACGAAUGUGCGUACUAUUUGUUAUUUGUCUUAAUCAGAGAAGACUAUUUGAUUUUCGAUGAUGUUGUUUUUAAAAGCUGUACUAUCGUAUUUCAGUGAGAUAAGAAGUCCCGAACAGGUCUCGC